GAGUUUGAGUUUUACUAACAUUUAGUUAGUAGAUGUUUCUUCAGUUUUUUCAUAGAUCAUUGAGCCAUUUGUCAAGAUUCCAGGACUGUGAAAACAUCAAUAAGAUGAUGAGCCAGUGAGCAGACUUCCUUAAUGCCGGAGACAUUUUGAGGCCAGAUCUGGAAGUUCCUUUCCCUGAUUCACUGAAGAGGAAGGAUUCACCCUCUCACUGCCAUUCUGGCCUCUACCCUUUCCGUGGAAGGAAAAUCUAAUGGAACCAAAUGGUGGAGAUGCUUGACCAGCCACAAAGAAAGAAUGAGAGGAAGCCUCAGGCUCAGGAAGAGGAGCUUUGUAGGCAGCCAAUCCCAGAGAGGCGGACGGGAUGGCUAGUUCAGCCCGGGAGCACCUGCUUUUUGUGAGGCGUCGAAAUCCCCAGAUGCGGUACACAUUGAGCCCAGAGAACCUCCAGAGCCUCGCAGCCCAGAGCUCCAUGCCAGAGAACAUGACCCUGCAGCGGGCCAACAGCGACACCGACCUGGUGACUUCUGAGAGCCGCUCCAGCUUAACUGCCAGCAUGUACGAGUACACGCUGGGGCAAGCCCAGAACCUCAUUAUCUUCUGGGACAUUAAAGAGGAGGUGGACCCCAGUGAUUGGAUUGGACUUUAUCAUAUAGAUGAGAAUUCUCCAGCCAACUUCUGGGAUUCUAAGAACAGGGGUGUGACUGGAACACAAAAAGGGCAAAUUGUAUGGAGAAUUGAGCCUGGGCCCUAUUUCAUGGAACCGGAGAUAAAAAUCUGUUUUAAAUAUUACCACGGCAUUAGUGGAGCACUGCGAGCCACGACCCCCUGCAUCACCGUGAAGAACCCAGCUGUGAUGAUGGGGGCAGAAGGCAUGGAGGGAGGUGCUUCAGGAAACCUGCAUUCUCGAAAACUCGUUAGCUUUACAUUGUCAGAUCUUAGGGCAGUUGGGCUAAAAAAAGGGAUGUUCUUCAAUCCUGACCCUUAUCUUAAGAUGUCAAUUCAGCCAGGAAAGAAGAGCAGUUUCCCCACCUGUGCCCACCAUGGGCAGGAGAGACGGUCUACUAUCAUCAGUAACACCACCAAUCCAAUUUGGCAUCGAGAGAAAUAUUCCUUUUUUGCGCUUCUUACUGAUGUCUUAGAAAUUGAAAUUAAAGACAAAUUUGCCAAGAGCCGUCCCAUCAUCAAGCGUUUUCUGGGGAAACUAACCAUUCCAGUCCAGAGGCUGCUGGAGCGACAAGCCAUCGGUGAUCAAAUGCUCAGCUACAACCUUGGCAGAAGGCUCCCAGCUGACCACGUGAGUGGGUACCUCCAGUUUAAAGUGGAGGUUACAUCUUCUGUUCAUGAAGAAAUGCUGUUUUCUCAUUCAGAUGCCUCUCCAGAAGCUGUUGGCACAAUACUUGGAGUCAAUUCUGUGAAUGGAGACUUAGGUAGCCCUUCCGAUGAUGAGGACAUGCCAGGGAGCCAUCACGACAGCCAGGUGUGCUCUAAUGGGCCAGUUUCUGAGGACAGUGCUGCCGAUGGAACCCCCAAGCAUUCAUUCAGGACUAGCUCCACUCUGGAAAUAGACACAGAGGAAUUAACCUCUACUUCUUCAAGGACCUCACCUCCCAGAGGACGUCAGGAUUCACUCAAUGAUUACUUAGAUGCUAUCGAACACAAUGGCCACUCCAGGCCGGGGACAGCGACCUGCUCUGAGAGGUCCAUGGGUGCCUCUCCGAAACUGAGGAGUAGUUUUCCCACCGACACAAGACUCAAUGCCAUGCUUCAUAUUGACUCAGAUGAAGAAGAUCACGAGUUCCAGCAAGACUUGGGUUACCCAUCUUCCUUGGAGGAGGAGGGAGGCCUGAUCAUGUUUAGCAGGGCAUCCAGAGCUGAUGAUGGAAGCCUGACAUCUCAGACAAAGCUGGAGGACAACCCUGUUGAGAAUGAGGAAGCCUCCACACACGAAGCUGCUUCCUUUGAGGAUAAGCCAGAAAAUCCUCCAGAGCUUGCAGAGAGCUCCUUACCUGCAGGCCCAGCCCCAGAGGAAGGUGAAGGCGGCCCAGAGUCUCAACCCAGUGCUGACCAGGGCAGUGCUGAACUGUGUGGCUCUCAAGAGGUAGAUCAGCCCACAAGUGGGGCAGACAUGGGGACUUCUGAUGCAUCAGGAGGAAGCCGAAGAGCCGUCAGUGAGACUGAGUCUCUUGAUCAGGGCUCUGAGCCUUCCCAAGUGUCCUCUGAAACAGAACCCAGUGAUCCUGCCAGGACAGAGAGUGUGAGCGAAGCCAGCACCAGGCCUGAGGGAGAGAGUGACCUGGAAUGCGCUGACAGCUCCUGCAAUGAGAGUGUGACCACGCAGCUGUCCUCUGUGGACACGCGGUGCUCCUCUCUUGAGAGCGCACGGUUUCCCGAAACCCCAGCCUUUUCUUCCCAGGAGGAGGAAGAUGGAGCCUGUGCAGCAGAGCCCACCAGCAGCGGCCCUGCCGAAGGGUCGCAGGAAUCCGUGUGCACUGCUGGUUCUUUACCUGUUGUACAGGUGCCCAGUAGGGAGGAUGAAGGGCCAGGGGCAGAAUCGGCCACUGUACCUGACCAGGAGGAGCUAGGGGAGGUCUGGCAGCGGAGGGGGAGCCUGGAGGGAGCUGCAGCUGCUGCUGAGAGCCCACCCCAAGAAGAGGGCAGUGCUGGGGAGGCCCAAGGCACCUGUGAAGGGGCAACUGCCCAGGAGGAGGGCGCUACUGGAGGUUCUCAAGCCAACGGCCACCAGCCACUGAGAUCACUACCUUCAGUGCGCCAGGAUGUUAGCCGGUACCAGAGGGUGGACGAGGCUCUCCCACCAAACUGGGAGGCACGCAUUGACAGCCACGGCAGGAUCUUCUACGUGGAUCACGUAAACAGAACCACGACGUGGCAGCGACCGACAGCUCCCCCAGCCCCGCAGGUGCUGCAGAGAUCUAACUCCAUACAGCAAAUGGAGCAGCUGAACCGGCGAUAUCAGAGUAUCCGCAGAACCAUGACCAAUGAGAGGCCUGAGGAAAAUACCAAUGCUAUUGAUGGGGCAGGGGAGGAAGCUGACUUUCACCAAGCCAGUGCAGAUUUCCGACGGGAGAACAUCUUGCCUCACUCUACCUCCAGAUCCAGGCUCACGUUGCUGUUACAGUCUCCCCCCGUGAAGUUCCUCAUCAGCCCAGAGUUCUUCACCGUGCUGCAUUCUAACCCUAGUGCCUACCGCAUGUUUACAAACAACACGUGUUUGAAGCACAUGAUCACCAAAGUCCGGAGGGACACCCACCACUUUGAACGCUACCAGCAUAACCGGGACCUUGUGGGAUUCCUCAACAUGUUCGCGAACAAACAGCUAGAGCUGCCGCGGGGAUGGGAAAUGAAACAUGAUCACCAGGGCAAGGCAUUCUUUGUGGACCACAACUCCCGCACCACCACUUUCAUUGAUCCCCGGCUCCCACUUCAGAGCAGUAGACCCACAAGUGCGCUGGUUCAUCGGCAACACCUGACAAGGCAACGCAGCCACAGUGCGGGUGAGGUAGGAGAAGAUUCUCGACAUGCAGGACCACCAGUUCUUCCCAGGCCAUCCAGUACAUUCAAUACAGUCAGUAGGCCACAGUACCAGGACAUGGUUCCAGUGGCUUACAAUGACAAGAUUGUUGCAUUUCUACGUCAACCCAAUAUCUUUGAAAUUCUACAGGAGCGUCAACCUGACCUUACCAGGAAUCACUCACUCAGGGAGAAGAUCCAAUUUAUCCGAACUGAAGGGACUCCAGGAUUGGUGCGCCUUUCAAGCGAUGCAGACCUUGUUAUGUUGCUGAGCUUAUUUGAAGAAGAGAUAAUGUCAUAUGUGCCUCCACAUGCCUUACUCCACCCCAGCUACUGUCAGUCCCCACGUGGCUCUCCCGUGUCAUCUCCUCAGAACUCACCAGGUACCCAGCGUGCCAAUGCCCGGGCUCCAGCCCCUUACAAGCGGGAUUUCGAAGCCAAACUGAGGAACUUUUACAGGAAGUUAGAGACUAAAGGAUAUGGGCAAGGCCCAGGGAAGUUAAAGUUAAUUAUCCGAAGAGAUCACUUACUAGAAGAUGCUUUUAAUCAGAUUAUGGGCUACUCCAGAAAAGACCUGCAGAGAAAUAAGCUAUACGUCACCUUCGUGGGGGAGGAAGGGCUGGAUUACAGUGGGCCUUCCAGAGAGUUUUUCUUCCUGGUAUCCAGAGAACUCUUUAACCCAUAUUAUGGCUUAUUUGAAUAUUCAGCCAAUGACACAUACACAGUACAAAUAAGUCCUAUGUCUGCUUUUGUAGACAAUCACCAUGAAUGGUUCCGAUUCAGUGGUAGGAUCCUUGGUCUUGCACUAAUACACCAGUAUUUGUUGGAUGCCUUCUUCACACGGCCCUUUUAUAAGGCUCUUCUCAGAAUUCUAUGUGACCUGAGUGAUCUAGAAUACCUUGAUGAAGAGUUCCAUCAGAGCCUGCAGUGGAUGAAAGACAAUGAUAUCCAUGACAUCCUAGACCUCACGUUCACUGUGAACGAAGAAGUAUUUGGGCAGAUAACUGAACGAGAAUUAAAGCCAGGGGGUGCCAAUAUCCCAGUUACAGAGAAGAACAAGAAGGAGUACAUCGAGAGGAUGGUGAAGUGGAGGAUUGAGAGGGGUGUUGUACAGCAAACAGAGAGCUUAGUGCGUGGCUUCUAUGAGGUGGUGGAUGCCAGGCUGGUAUCUGUUUUUGAUGCAAGAGAACUGGAAUUGGUCAUCGCAGGCACAGCUGAAAUAGACCUAAGUGAUUGGAGAAACAACACAGAAUAUAGAGGAGGAUACCAUGACAAUCAUAUUGUAAUUCGGUGGUUCUGGGCUGCAGUGGAAAGAUUCAACAAUGAACAACGACUAAGGUUGUUACAGUUUGUUACAGGCACAUCCAGCAUUCCCUAUGAAGGAUUUGCUUCUCUCCGAGGGAGUAACGGCCCAAGAAGAUUCUGUGUGGAGAAAUGGGGGAAAAUCACUGCUCUUCCCAGAGCGCAUACAUGUUUUAACCGUCUGGAUCUGCCUCCCUACCCAUCCUUUUCCAUGCUUUAUGAAAAACUGUUGACAGCAGUUGAAGAAACCAGUACUUUUGGACUUGAGUGACCUGGAAGCAGAAUGCCCAUCUCUGUGGACAGGCAGUUUCAGAAGCUGCCUUCUAGAAGAAUGAUUGAACAUUGGAAGUUUCAAGAGGAUGCUUCCUUUAGGAUAAAGCUACGUGCUGUUGUUUUCCAGGAACAAGUGCUCUGUCACAUUUGGGGACUGGAGAUGAGUCCUCUUGGAAGGAUUUGGGUGAGCUUGAUGCCCAGGGAACAACCCAACCGUCUUUCAAUCAACAGUUCUUGACUGCCAAACUUUUUCCAUUUGUUAUGUUCCAAGACAGAGAUGAACCCAUACAUGAUCAGCUCCACGGUAAUUUUUAGGGACUCAGGAGAAUCUUGAAACUUACCCUUGAACGUGGGUCAAGCCAAACUGGCAGCACUUGGCCCAAUCUCCAAAUUAGAGCAAGUUAAAUAAUAUAAUAAAAGUAAAUAUAUUUCCUGAAAGUACAUUCAUUUAAGCCCUAAGUUAAAACAGAAUAUUCAUUUCUUGCUUAUGAGUGCCUGCAUGGUGUGCACCAUAGGUUUCCGCUUUCAUGGGACAUGAGUGAAAAUGAAACCAAGUCAAUAUGAGGUACCUUUACAGAUUUGCAAUAAGAUGGUCUGUAACAAUGUAUAUGCAAGUGGUAUGUGUGUAAUUAUGGCUAAAGACAAACCAUUAUUCAGUGAAUUACUAAUGACAGAUUUUAUGCUUUAUAAUGCAUGAAAACAAUUUUAAAAUAACUAGCAAUUAAUCACAGCAUAUCAGGAAAAAGUACACAGUGAGUUCUGUUUAUUUUUUGUAGGUUCAUGAUGUUUAUGUUCUUUAAGAUGUAUAUAAGAACCUACCUAUCAUGCUGUAUGUAUCACUCAUUCCAUUUUCAUGUUCCAUGCAUACUCGGGCAUCAUGCUAAUAUGUAUCCUUUUAAGCACUCUCAAGGAAACAAAAGGGCCUUUUAUUUUUAUAAAGGUAAAAAAAAUUCCCCAAAUAUUUUGCACUGAAUGUACCAAAGGUGAAGGGACAUUACAAUAUGACUAACAGCAACUCCAUCACUUGAGAAGUAUAAUAGAAAAUAGCUUCUAAAUCAAACUUCCUUCACAGUACCAUGUCUACCACUACAAGGACUGUGCAUCUAAGUAAUAAUUUUUUAAGAUUCACUAUAUGUGAUAGUAUGAUAUGCAUUUAUUUAAAAUGCAUUAGACUCUCUUCCAUCCAUCAAAUACUUUACAGGAUGGCAUUUAAUACAGAUAUUUCGUAUUUCCCCCACUGCUUUUUAUUUGUAUAGCAUCAUUAAACACUAAGCUCAGUUAAGGAGCCAUCAGCAACACUGAAGAGAUCAGUAAUAAGAAUUCCAUUUUCCCUCAUCAGUGAAGACAUCACAAAUUGAAACUCAGAACUAUAUUUCUAAGCCUGCAUUUUCACUGAUGCAUAAUUUUCUUAUUAAGAAACAGUUUUUCUAUGGUAUCUCCAAAACCGCAUGACAUCACUAGUCUUACUUCUGCUUAAUUUUAUGAGAAGGUAUUCUUCAUUUUAAUUGCUUUUGGGAUUACUCCACAUCUUUAUUUCUUGACUAAUCAGAUUUUCAAUAGAGUGAAGUUAAAUUGGGGGUCAUAAAAGCAUUGGAUUAACAUAUGGUUUGCCAGCCUAUGGGUUUACAGGCAUUGCCCAAACAUUUCUUUGAGAUCUAUAUUUAUAAGCAGCCAUGGAAUUCCUAUUAUGGGAUGUUGGCAAUCUUACAUUUUAUAGAGGUCAUAUGCAUAGUUUUCAUAGGUGUUUUGUAAGAACUGAUUGCUCUCCUGUGAGUUAAGCUAUGUUUACUAUUGGGACCCUCAAGAGGAAUACCACUUAUGUUACACUCCUGCACUAAAGGCACGUACUGCAGUGUGAAGAAAUGUUCUGAAAAAGGGUGAUAGAAAUCUGUAAAUAAGAAAGGAAGAGCUCUCUGUAUUCUAUAAUUGGAAGAGAAAAAAAGAAAAACUUUUAACUGGAAAUGUUAGUUUGUACUUAUUGAUCAUGAAUACAAGUAUAUAUUUAAUUUUGCAAACUGUUUUCACUUGUUUGUAUUCUUUUCAUUAUAAGGAAAAGUAGUACAACACACUUUUUUUUAAGUCACAUAUUUGAUGGUAUAUAAGAUGUUUCAGGGCUGGCAUUCUCCAAGCAGCAGAUAAAGGUUGCAUUUCUUUCAAAAAUACAUUCAAAGACCAUGUUAUCAUUCA